CUCGCUCUGUUGCCCAGGCUGGAGUGCAGUGGCACGAUCUCGGCUCACUGCAAGCUCCGCCUCCUGGGUUCACGCCAUUCUCCUGCCUCAGCCUCCAGAGUAGGUGGGACUACAGGCACCCGCCACCGCGCCCGGCUAAUUUUUUGUAUUUUUAGUAGAGACAGGGUUUCACCGUGGUCUCGAUCUCCUGACCUCGUGAUCCACCUGCCUCGGCCUCCCAAAGUGCUGGGAUUACAGGCGUGAGCACCACGCCCAGCCUUUUUUAGUAGAGACAGGGUUUCACCAUGUUGGUCAGGCUGGUCUCGAACUCCUGACCUCAUGAUUCACCCACCUCAGUCUCCCAAAGUGCUGGGAUUACAGGCGUGAGCCACUGCACCCGGCCCCUUAUAAUUUUAUAUGAAUUUUAGGAUCAACUGUCAACUCCUGCAAAAGAAAGGAGCUGACAUAUGAUAGCCAUUGUGUUGAAUCUAUAAAGCAAUUUUACAAAAGGAAACUUUUCCAGUUCAUAGACCCCAGUAAUACACAUCCCUUACCUUUGUGCACCCUCAAACCCAACAGAAGCUAUUGGGCAUUAGUUGCCUCUUGACAGAAAGGUAUUCUACCUUUUCCACUCUGUUUAAUAAUCUUAUUCUCCCUCUCCCCCUCCCCCUCCCUCUCCCUCACCCCACGGUCUCCCUCUCCCUCUCUUUCCACGCUCUCCCUCUGAUGCGGAGCCAAAGCUGGACUGUACUGCUGCCAUCUCGGCUCACUGCAACCUCCCUGCCUGAUUCUCCUGCCUCAGCCUGCCGAGUGCUUGCGAUUGCAGGCGCGCGCCGCCACGCCUGACUGGUUUUCGUAUUUUUUUGGCGGAGACGGGGUUUCGCUGUGUUGGCCGGGCUGGUCUCCAGCUCCUGACCGCGAGUGAUCCGCCAGCCUCAGCCUCCCGAGGUGCCGGGAUUGCAGACGGAGUCUCGUUCACUCAGUGCUCAAUGUUGCCCAGGCUGGAGUGCAGUGGCGUGAUCUCGGCUAGCUACAACCUCCACCUCCCAGCCGCCUGCCUUGGCCUCCCAAAGUGCCCAGAUUACAGCCUCUGCCCAGCCGCCACCCCGUCUGGGAAGUGAGGAGCGUCUCUGCCUGGCCGCCCAUCGUCUGGGAUGUGAGGAGCCCCUCUGCCUGGCUGCCCAGUCUGGAAAGUGAGGAGCGCCUCUUCCCGGCCACCAUCCCGUCUAGGAAGUGAGGAGCGUCUCUGCCCGGCCACCCAUCGUCUGAGAUGUGGGGGAGUGCCUCUGCUCCGCCGCCCCGUCUGGGAUGUGAGGAGCGCCUCUGCCCGGCCGUGACCCUGUCUGGGAGGUGAGGAGCGUCUCUGCCCAGCCCACUGGUCUGAGAAGUGAGGAGCCCCUCUGCCCGGCAGCCGCCCCGUCUGAGAAGUGAGGAGCGGCUCCGCCUGGCAGCCACACUGUCCGGGAGGGAGGUGGGGGGCAGCCCCCGCCCGGCCAGCCGCCCUGUCCGGGAGGGAGGUGGGGGGUCAGCCCCCGCCCGGCCAGCCGGCCCGUCCAGGAGGGAGGUGGGGGGUCAGCCUCCACCCGGCCGCUGCCCCAUCCGGGAGGUGGAGGGUGCCUCUGCCUGGCCGCCCCUUCUGGGAAGUGAGGAGCCCCUCUGCCCGGCCACCACCCCGUCUGGGAGGUGUACCCAACAGCUCAUUGAGAACGGGCCAUGAUGACGAUGGCGGUUUUGUGGAAUAGAAAAGGGGGAAAGGUAGGGAAAAGAUAGAGAAAUCAGAUUGUUGCUGUGUCUGUGUAGAAGGAAGUGGACAUGGGAGACUUCAUUUUGCUCUGUACUAAGAAAAAUUAUUCUGCCUUGGAAAAAAAAAUAAUCUUAUAUUUAUAAAGCAGUUUAUAAACAUGAAAUAUAGUGUUAGAAGCCAAUUCUUGGCUUACUCAUUGGGUACCUAGUCAUCUCAUAAGAAAAUCAAUUUAACUUACUCCACAUGAUGUAUGUAAAAAGAAUAAUAAUCCUUGAGUUUAAGUUUGGGUAUGAGUUUUGCAUAUGUUACUGGCUACAAAGAUGACUGCUAUGAAGAUGACCUUUUAAGAAACCUGGAAAGAUUAAGCCAACCAUCUGCCUGUCAAUUGCACAGCCCAAGAUUGUCAAGUACUGUUGCCUAUCACACACCACUAACACAAGAAUUUUUGCCAAACAAUCUAUUUAAUUUAUCACUAUAUGCUAAGCUGUAUAUCACUUGGAUCAUUUCUUUCCAUUUUGAUGUAGGAUUACAUUUUAAUUAAGAAUACAUUUCUACCUUUAGAGGGCACUCGUAACAUACAGUACGUAGACAUUCAAAAUAAGCAGCUCUACCAGGAAUAGAACAUGAAAGAUCUGUGGAUAAGCUGCUGAUCCACAAAGCAGAUAAUCCUUUUGCUUUCAUUAGUGUAACUUUUGGAGAAGGCUCCCCACAGAUUCAGAGCCAGCCCAGCAUUAACCAAACAAAGAGAAACAGAGUGGAUCCUGUGCUAAUAUUGGGAAAACCAGGCAACAGGACUCAUUUGGGGCCUUUAUUGUGAAAACAUGCCCCAGCUUUCCCAAGAUAACCAAGAGUGCCUCCAGAAACAUUUCUCCAGGCCGUCUAUAUGGACACAGUUUCUGCCCCUGUUCAGGGCUCAGAGAUAUAAUGCAGACAUUCACCAAAUCACAGAAAAUGAAGGAGACCCCAGGGCUGUUCCUGAUAUCAAGUCCUUCCCGCCUGCACAGCUCCCAGACUCGCCCGCCGCCCCGAAGCUGUUCGGCCUCCUUUCUAGCCCGCUUUCCAGCCUCGCAAGGUUCUUCUCUCACCUUCUCCGGCGACCCCCUCCCGAGGCUCCCCGGAGGCGCCUGGACUUCUCCCCCCUGCUUCCCGCCCUGCCGGCCGCCCGGCUCUCGAGGGGGCACGAGGAGCUGCCGGGCCGACUCUCGCUCCUGCUCGGGGCGGCGCUGGCACUGCCCGGCCGACCCUCGGGGGGUCGUCCGCUGAGGCCCCCCCAUCCGGUAGCCAAGCCCAGGGAAGAAGACGCCACCGCUGGGCAGAGCUCGCCCAUGCCGCAGAUGGGAUCAGAGCGGAUGGAGAUGCGGAAGCGGCAGAUGCCGGCCGCCCAGGACACACCAGGCGCCGCCCCCGGCCAGCCCGGAGCGGGGAGUCGCGGGUCCAACGCAUGCUGCUUCUGCUGGUGCUGCUGUUGUAGCUGCUCGUGUCUCACUGUUAGAAACCAGGAAGAUCAGAGGCCCACAAUAGCUUCCCACGAACUCAGAGCAGAUCUUCCAACCUGGGAAGAAAGCCCUGCUCCUACUCUGGAAGAAGUCAACGCCUGGGCUCAGUCAUUUGACAAAUUAAUGGUCACUCCAGCAGGAAGGAAUGCAUUCCGUGAAUUCCUCCGAACAGAAUUCAGUGAAGAAAAUAUGCUCUUCUGGAUGGCCUGUGAGGAACUGAAAAAGGAAGCUAAUAAAAACAUUAUUGAAGAGAAAGCAAGGAUAAUCUAUGAAGACUACAUUUCUAUACUUUCUCCUAAGGAGGUGAGCUUAGACUCCCGGGUGAGAGAAGUGAUCAACAGAAACAUGGUGGAGCCAUCCCAACACAUAUUCGAUGAUGCUCAACUUCAGAUUUACACCCUGAUGCACAGAGACUCAUAUCCUCGAUUCAUGAACUCUGCUGUCUAUAAGGACUUGCUUCAGUCCUUAUCGGAGAAAUCUAUUGAAGCAUAGGAUUUUUCAAAUAUAUUUAUUAAUAAAAUAAUAAAAGAAUUCAUGGGCUACAUCUAGCACAGGGAAUUUAGAGGUUGUAGCAUCUUCUGCUGGAGUAAUACUCAGGCUAUUCUAAUAACAGAUGAUUCCUUCAACAGACUGCUAUAUAUUCACCAUGUAAACUGCAGCCACCUUUAGUGAUACUUUUGAAAAAAAAUAAAUAAAGGGAUAUGGCUGUUGUAGAAAGAUAGCGUAUUUGCAUUUACAAUAACAGUAGCAUGUUGUCAGUGGCAAAGGCUACACAGAAGGCUUCCUGCUGCCCGGAGCAGGUACAUCCACCAGAGCAAAGGGAACCACUUUUAUUUUGCAUGAGUUUGGUAACUGAUUACUCUCCCCUCAAAGAAAAGACAUUCAGGUGUUUCUCAACGACAUCUUCUGUCCAUCAAGCUCGGUUUGAAUACGUCACUUACCAGUGCCAUUCAUUACAGGACCCAAAUUCACAGUUCAUAAAAGAUGUGACCACUACAUGUAAAAAUAGCAUUCUACUUGAUCUUACAGUAUGUAUGUAUGUAUGUAUGUAUGGAGACAUAUGUGUGUGUGUGGAUUUCUACAUGGUUAAUGGAAAGCACUGUGCUCUGAAGUGGAUCAGUCUCAAGUGUCUGGUAACAGAAGCAGUGCUUAGAAAAUUCUUUUGUUGAAAAGAGUUACUGUUAUUAUCAGAAUUUGCCAACCUAAAGAAUGAAUUUUUAAAUUCAUAACUUGGUCAUGUUCACAACAAAACUGUGAAAUAAGCAUAUUUCCAUUUUUAUUACUGAAAGAAAUAUGGGCAUUUUCAUUCUCUAAAGAAAUAAAGCACAAGAAUUUUAUCUCAA